CCGCACUCAUAGUUUGGCGAUCGCUUGCCGAAUUUGCUUGAGCUUGAGUAUUUUAGCUGUGCUGCGGGCACAGUUCCUUAAUCGCGGGUGUGCUUUUUUUUCUUGUGCGAAUCACGCGGAUAUCCUGGUGUUGUGCGCGUUCGGUGGUGCAAUUGCACGCGGUCGGUCUCGGUUCGAUUCUGGGAAGUGACGGAAAAAUAUAAAAUUUGACGCAGGAUAACACAGUGGCAGUGACAUUUUUUCUUCGGUUCUGGUUAAGAACAAGUGAAAGAUAAAACAGUCGGAAGACGCUGAAGAGAGUCAAACUCUUUGAAAAAAUGAACCUCCGAACGAGGGCCCUUGUAGGCCUGCUCUGUAUAGGGCUAGCGCAGGCCCAGCUCAACUACCGGCCCGAGUUCAUUUCGGCCGGGCAGGGCUUCCGAGCCGCGGCUUCAUACCAACAGAGUAAAUCAGUUUUCAAACGUCAGGCACAGGGUGGUGGGGAUCCUACCGAUGUAAUACCGCAUGACCAGAAGAAGCAAACCACCUUCUGGUGGGUUGCUCCGGAUUCUCCUUUCAAAGCUACUAAAAUUGGUGGCGGUGUACAGGAACCGCCGCCAGCGGGCGAACAAGGUGAGGGAGCGGCAGCAGCCGUUGGAGCAGCUGGAGGAGUAGCUGGUGGAGCGCCAGCCGGUCAGGCAGGAGCCUUUGGAGCUACGCGUACGGCCCAGUCAAGCUUCCAAGCGAGUUCCACGAGAACGUUCGGAGCUGCUGGAGCAGCUGGAACGGCUGGAACGGCUGGAACUGCUGGAACUGCAGGACAAACUGGACAAGUUGCUGGUCGAACGUUUGGUGCAACUGCUACCCGAACAACGGCAACUCAAACUGGCGUUGGAGGUAUCGGAGCUGGAGCUAUCGGAGCAGGAACUAUUACCGGAUCGGGAGGAUCAACAAUAUCUAGAACAUCGACCGCUACUACCAGAACGUUCGGUACAUCCGGUGCCGGAGCUGCCGGUCAGUUUGGACAGACCACCAACACCGCUGCUACUGGACAGUUCGGUCAGAACACCAAUACCGCAACGACCGGUACCACCGGACAAACGAUUGCCGGCGGAACCAGAACAAAUACGUUCACAUCUACGAAUAGGGUUACGUCAGGGUUUGGAGCGCCACCGAAUCAGCCCGGCCGAACCGGAGGAGUCUCGACCACAAGCGCCGUCACUAGAACCGCCACGACCACGUCCACAGGCGUCGCUCCCAUUCCCGCGCCACCUGUACCCGUCACCAAUACUGUUUCAACUGUUUCUAGAAAUACUAAUACCGCUGUAACAACUACUACCAAUACGCAACAGCAACAGCCGCCUCCUUCCGGCGUUGUUACUACUAACACUUUCGGCCAAACUACUGCUACCGCCACCGGUACACGAACCGGUCAGACGCCUCCUAGACAGCCAAGUUCCCCAGGCCUUGGCAAUACCGUCACCACGACCCAGGAACGCGUUGGCUCGGGUCUAACCACCACAUCGUUAACGAGCGGAGUGCGCGUGCAGCCGUUCCUGAAGAAGACCACCGUAACGUCGCACGGGUACGACUACCCGGUGCCGCAGCUCAUUCCGUGCUACGAACCGAACAAGGUUUGCACACCAAACGCCUUCUGCGUGGACGGAUUCGUCGAGGAGAGCCAGCUGAACCAGUUCAACACCAACAAUCAGAACUGCAACUCGGCCGAGGAGCAGUGCUGCAAGAUUCGCCCGAAUCCACCGCCGACCCAGUGCCCAGAUGACAGCUACGUGUGCGUUUCGCCCAGCUUAUGCAACAACGGUUUACUGAACUUUGAUGCGCAGAACGCGAUCUCGGCCCAGCAACCGGGCGGCCAAUGCUUUGCCCCAGACGUCUGCUGCCGGACCCAAUCGCUGGACACCUCGUCCACCGUGCUGACCAACGAAGGAUACGUCGUAAGAGUGCCCACCAAUCAGUACCUUCCACCGGAAGGUCAAAACACAAACACAAACAUUCAAACCGCACCACCACCACCACUACCCACUACACCACGCCCACCACCACCCACCACGACACGUUACGUGCCACCACCCACCACAACACGUUACGUGCCACCACCCACCACAACACGUUACGUUCCACCCACGACACGUUACGUACCACCGCAAACCACCACCACACGGUACGUGCCGCCAUCGACCACAACCCGGUACUUCCCGCCGCCAACCACAACGCGCCCCUCAUAUCGCGGUGAUGAGUACAUCCCACCAAGGGAAGAAAUUCCGGCACCCUCGAAUACCGAUCCUAACGCGGUGAGACCACCCCCACAGGGCGACGAGAACCCGAGCCCAGCUAACGACACCCCGGCCGUGAUCCCGCCUCCGAGGCCAGCUCCACCACCGCGACCAAACAACCCAACUGGACCGUCGCGUCCGAACAUCCCGAACGGACCACCAGCUCCGCCACCACUCCCACCAGUAGGAUGUUCCGCCGCCAUGAACUGUACCGAAACCCAAUUCUGCUCGUCCACCGGUGUCAUCUCCAAGACCGAAGUUUUCCUAACGCCCGAACAGGAACUGUUCCGCGUACCCGUCACCGAAUGCCGCAGUCCCGACCGUGGCUUCACCGGAGUGUGCUGUCGUGAUCCGGACUACGUCGACCCAUGGCCAGUCGGUCUGCUCGGACUGUACAACCCGGAACUGCUUCCGUUCGACGAUGGCUCGUACAAACCUAACGGAGGAAACGGCAAUGGUAAUGGAAAUGGAAAUGGCAACGGCAACGGUAUUCAACGCACCCAGACCAACGAAGCGAUCCUGGCCUCGCCAAGCCGCGUAACGGCUGCCCAGACGUACGGCCCGAACCAGAUCACCGCCGCUAGCCAGACGCAGUUUACCCAGGCCAAGACGCAGUACGAUCGGGGAGUAACGGCUGCCGCCAGCUCGCAAACGACUACGGCCGUCCAGCAGCAGCAGUCCACCGUUAGCAACACCGGAAAUAAGCGAUUCACCGCCGGAGGGCUGCAGUUUGUGCACAGCGGCAACACCCGCUUCAAGCCGUUCCAGAAGCAGACCAGUGGGACGUGUGCGCCAAGGAAUUACAACACACAACCGCGUGGCGCAGGACCGUGGGACACCGGCUUCGGCGAGUUCCCGUGGCAGGCGAUGGUGAUUCUGGAGUCAAACAAGACGCUGCUGUGCGGUGGAGCUAUCAUUUCCGAGACGACCGUCGUGACGGCCGCCAACUGUGUUUACGGAAUCAACCCACGCGACGUGAUGAUCAAGGGCGGAGAGUGGCGCCUGGGAGUAGACGCCGAGCCGAAGACGUUCCAGAUUGUGCGCGUGAAGGACGUAAUCUACCACCCGGCGUACCAGCCGACGACGCUGAACUACGACGUGGCGAUGUUGGUGCUGGAGGACCGCCUGCGGUACGAUACCCACAUUGGACCGCUGUGCCUGGAUGAAAACGAUGUGGUGCCGAGUGCGUCGUACGACAACUGCGUUACCACCGGAUGGGGACGGGAAGUGCUGAGGAUUCACAUCGGAAAUGCGCUGAUGCGCCAGAUGCCCAUCUCGCUGCUGUCGGAGUCUGAAAGCCAGCGCCAGGCGCAGAUCAACGGGUUCACGGCGGAGUCGCACAUCUGUGGUCGUCCAGCGGCCGAUGCUUGCGAUGUAGACAUCGGCAGUGCGUUGGCUUGCGCUGACACGAGCGGAACCUACUACCUGAAGGGUGUCUACUCGUCGGACAACGGCUGUGGCCGACCGGACCAGAUUGCGUCCUUCUCGACCAUCGACGUGCAGUGGCUGAAGCAGGCGCUGAAGAACCCGAACCAGCUCAUCACGCCGGUGCCAAACUACCAGACGGCGGCCAACAGCCCCCUGGUCAGCACCGUCCAGCAGCCGUCGACGCUGGGACCGAACUAUGGCAAGGGCUAUCUGCCACCAUACAAAUAAGAGUCAAAUCAAUCACCACAGAGAUAUGACCGAAAUUACUAAAUGCUUUAGAUAGAACUUAUUGCUAGCUGAUAGGUACGACGAAGUGACCACUGUUUUACUAUAUACGACUAGAGACAUCGCGACUCAUCCUACCGUCAUCCAUUUUGUUUUACCUCCAAAUCGAUUUUAAAUUUAAGUUUUUGUAAACGCAUCUUGUUGUGAUUUUUUCAACACACAAUCAUCGGAGAAUCAUGCGCAAAUUCUUCAUCAGAACAAAAGAUUCCCGAGCCCAUACACCAACAUCCACGACAGCAACGCAACAAAAAAAAAUCACAUCUUAAUAGUUCUACUUCGUUAGUGAUAGAAGUUAUUGUGUAGGUCAAAAGCAUUCUAGCCAAACUCCCUCUCCCCAAAUCAUGUGUCCCUUCUUCUUGCUGACAGCAGUGGUAUUAACUCAUACUCAUAUGUUGCGUAAAAUUCAAACCUUAUCCACCACGAAAAGCACCCACACAACUUAAAGUAGGCAAUUAUCGAGCCAUUUUACCCCCUUUUUAUAAAGUUAACAACAUUUUGAUGCAUUUUUUCUAACAUCACGCCCUGUACAAAUUCCAUUUUGUUUCGCCAGUUGUUUAGAGUUAAAUUGUUCUUGUUUAAAAAAAAAGAAAAUUAUUUGCACUUUACGGAAAAGUUUUUUGAAGUUUUUUUUGGCACCAUAAUUCAAAAUUUAUUCACUACUUUAUUUGGAUCAAAAUUGUUUUCGAGCACAAGAAUUGAAGUAUUUCACCGCAGUUUAAUCUGAUAAGUUUAAUGCAUUUUAUUCCCGCAAUAAUUAAUCGAAUUUGAGCUCUCUCUUUGGUAGCGAGAGAAGUUUGCAACGGUGCAAAGCUAAUUUCUUUGACGGAACGAAGCACGAACUGCUGAUUUGAGUGGAAGAGCUGUUUGAGCAGCCGCGACGGGUGACCAGAAAUCGAUAGAGGAAGCAGUUUUUUGACAAACUUGUGUUUGGGCCGAAAUCGGCCGAGUGGAUGUCACAAGAAGUUGUGAAGCAAGUAUAACGUAACGAUAAAAAUGAUAUUUUUAGACUUAUUUAAUUAUCUGUACAUAAACCAUACAUUAUAAGACAUUUUAUAAGAAAAAUAA